AUGAAGGAGAUGACCGACCCCAACUAUUACAUCCAAGUGACGAUUUUCGACAAGGUGGUUGUUGCUGGCCGGAAGAAGUAUAUCAUGACUUUCUGUAUCAAGCAUCUGAUUCGUUUUACGAAGGAGGAGCAGAUGGAAGGCUUGGCUGAAUGGGCCAAAUGGGGUACCGAGUUACCAAUUAUUGUGACCGAUUCCGGCUUCAAGUGCUACGUUGGCGGCGACUGCGACGUCGGUGUCGACUGUCUGGUCCGUCGAUGCCAAGGGGGCUCAUUGAAACUGACGGUAUCCAGCCGGGUCGCCGAAUACCAACCUUGCCCGUGGCCUCCACUUCCCAAAGACCACGGAUGGAAGAUAUAA